UUACAAGAUUCUCGUAUAUACCAUGCGAAGCGACCUGAUCACUCCGGAGUACAGCCCGUUGCAGGACCAUCUUGAGUCGUUAAGUUUUAAGAUCUCCCUCACGACCCGUGCUUUGAUCUCUGUAAUUACAGGAUUGACCCCAUCCAUCGUCCAGGCAGCUAACACGGUUUUUAAAACAGUGGCAGUCCGGAGCACCUGCCGUGUUGGUCUCUAUCUUUCCACUACGUUCAUAGUGCCAGUGAUUUGCACUGCCCGCUGUCCUUCAUGCAUAACUCUCAAGCGUUACAAUGGCUGCCCUAUCCAACGGCAUCGAGUCUCGAUAUUAAAGUCGAGCCUCAAACGGAAACGCCAUUGCUAUCUCCUCCCUCCUCUCCUUCUUUCACGAAUACCACCCUGUCCACUCCGCUUUGUCGUCGACGUUCCGGCAGCCCUAAAAGACAACGCCCUUACCCUCCUUUGAUUACGCGUUUCGAUAAUCGCGUUCGUACUUCGGCAGACCCUAAAAUGUCUUCAACAUACAACAGCAACAACCAGUGGCCAGCUCGUGGUGGAAGCGUUGGAAGUGGCAGAUCAAGCAAUGAACGUUCAUCAGAUGACGAGCAGCAAAUGUCAUACCCUACAACAAAUUAUUCUGCCUCGUCCGCAAUAGACAGGCCUACGUCCUCAAGCUCCAGUCUCUCCGGUGCAAUAGGGGAUCCUCGCAUCCUUCCUUCGACUUCAAGAUUUCCAGGACCAUCUCCAGGGGGGAUGAACGAAGCUUUGGCCUGGCCUGCAGGUCACUCACAGCACCAGAUGCUUCAACCCCAAUCCUCGAUGUAUCCCAGUUUACCACCCCAUAUACCCUUCUAUGACACAGCAGAGGCGGACGUCAGCACCAUCCCCUACGAGUAUCGCAACGAUUCAUCGCCACCCUCAUCAUUCACAUCACCGCCGUUCGCGGACCCAUACAGACAGUACGAAACAUUCCCGGCGCACCCGCCAUCAUCGUCAUCAGGAUCUCCAUAUCCCGCACCGCCUCAAGAAGAGAUUCGCAGCCUCCGAAGAAAAGUCAGGGAGCUUGAGCGUCUUCGUGAACAGGACAAAGAUCGCAUACAAAUGCUUCAGAAUGAAUUGAACAGCAAUUCAUCUCCCCGACUAUCUACCUCGCCGUCCUUCCAAGAGUCAUGGAGGCUUCGUACUGAGGCCCGUCAGCGUCAGUUCUGUUCACUCAAUCGUGCUGGCAAUGCCCUAUGUGCUUGGCACGAUUCCCGUCGUGAACGACGCGUACAUCCCCCCAGGAUGGCUCCCCCUGGAUAUCUCAAUUGUGGCUGUUCCUUCGAAGAGGCACUGUUUGAGGAAAGCUUAUCACGGCAUGGCGUUGGAAGCUACCUCCCUGGGGAGAAUGUCCGGAUGGAUCCCGCGUUACGCAACCCUCUCCUGAAGCUACUACAGGAAAGAUACGGAUACCGGGAUGGUGAUUUCGAGCGGGAUCCUCGUACAGGCGAUUGGGUAGCUGGAGACGGACCUGCAAAAUGGGAGCAGCAACUUCAUGUCGGUGUUACGAAUCCUCGUCGCCCUCGGGCAGACCACGAUCGUCGAUGAACAAAAUAGGACAUGGAACACUUGAUGGACCGUGGAAUGAUAGAACUUUGACAUUAUUCACUUCUUGCGCGUCCCAAUGAUCUCAUUGCCGCCACUCCACCUGUCAUUUAAGAUGAGCAUAUAUACUAUGUAUUUCGACUAAUUGAUUUUACUUAUAUAAUAUCUUAUUAUGUAUUCUACCAGUGCUUGUAUUGUAUCCCGUAGAACUUACUCUGUACAUACGUGUAAGUGCGGGUCGUGUACCUCGCUCUUGUUGUUAGCAGUGGACCGAAGCAGAGUAGGCCCGACGUAGGUCUGUUU